AUGGCGGAUCAGUGCAUCGUUUGUUUAGAUGCCUUAGAGGUGGCUGUUCUGGCUGUCGAUUUGGCGACGUUCAAAGGUCUGGAGGACCCAGGCGGUCGCGGCGGAGGCGACACGCUGAGCUCCCAGACAGUGGCGGACUCAGCGGCCUCGUCCACCACUACCACCACCACUAACAGUGUCGAUGAGGGCAACCCCGGAAAAUCCAACAACGAAACCGACGUUGCUGUAAUAAAUGCAUGUGGACAUGCUUUGCACAAUUGUUGUUUGCUAGAAUGGGCUGGCAAAGCAAAUAGCUGUCCAAUUUGUCGGCAAACCUUCAAUGACGUGAGCGUCUAUGAUAAGGUCGGAGGAAAUCUUCUCAAAUCUUACACAGUCGCAGACAAGAAACAAGUUGCCGAAUUUGAUCCGCAAGCAUGGGCAGAAGAGAAUCCAGAAGAGGAGGACCUCGAGGCACACCCUUGCCCGGUCUGCAACUCUUCCGGGGACGAGGAAGUGCUUCUUCUGUGUGAUGGAUGCGAUGCAUCUUACCAUACCUAUUGUAUUGGCCUAGACGAGAUUCCCGAUGGCUCCUGGUUCUGCAUGGAGUGUGCCGAGGAACUGGGCGGCAUAGGCAUCGCUCGGUCUCGCGCUCGUUACCCGAUAGUGAGCAACAGCAGGCGUGGACGACGCAACGAUUUCUUCCCCAGGACCCAGGCUACGAUGCGUAGCGUGAGAAGGCGUGCGCGUUCGGACGAGUGGCAAGGUGCCUGGGGCGAGAUCACAGGCCUCAUCUUCGAUGCGAUCAAUAUUGACCUCGACUCGCACGAUGGCGACGAUGCCUUGGAGGAGUAUAGAAGGUCACGGCAGCUGCGCGAACGUGAGCAGCGUGAAUACCAGCGCUGGCAGCAACGCAUCAAUAUCGCCAGGAGACUUGGUGCUCAGGAAGUGUUCUCGAGAAACAUCCCACCGGCCAUUAUCCACAAUACCUCCGCCGUGCAGGCUCCUGCCCCCGCCCAAGAAAGUCGCGAGGAGCGACGUGCUUGGGCGACACUUGAGAAAGCUCGAGAGGCAAACGGUGAAGGGCCUAGCCGAAAGCGCAAAUCUCGCUCCAUAACCGCAUCACCUGCGGAACCUCCACCAGAGCCUGAGCGAAAGUUGAAGCGGCCCCGCGCACACCGGUCAGCUCCUGGCGCAUCGGGCGAGGGAUCAUCGUCGACAUCCGAGCCCAGUCGCUCAGUGGCGAACAUCCGGUCGCCACCUGCUCUCAAUGGAGAAGCACCAUCGUUCCUCUCGGUGCUUCUCAAGGAGGUGGAGCAGUCUCACCCGUCAGAUGACGAAAUUACUCGAAAUUUGUUGCCGGAGAGCAUGGUUGGGGGAGACGCAUACGCAUCAUCACCCGGCUCCUCUCCUCCAGCAUCGGCAUAUAGCAGCCCACGAGCAUUAUCACUUACUCCGCCUCCUCAUCAAAGCCAACAACCGUCAAACAGGUCCACCCGGCCCUCGUCUCCGACCAUGACAUUGAGCUCAACAAUUGAGCCCGUGUAUACCAAAGCAGCCUAUCGUUCAGGCAGGUCAUCGGGAAACGCCAGCGACUCCGAGACAAGACCGACCAAACCCGAGCUGCGACAACCCCGUCCUCAGCGUGUCGAAAAGGCCAACCUUUCUCGAUCACCGGAAGUUUCGCCGACAAAGCCAUCACUGUCGCUCGAAAUGAAGCAGAAAAUCAACAACAUCGUCCGCAGUGCUCUCAAGCCGCAUUGGGCCUCCAGCAAGUUGACGGCGGACCAGUACGAAACUAUCAACCGCGACGUUUCCCGGAAACUUUACGAUGAGGUUACAGACCCCGCAUUCGUUGUCGACGCUGAGGCCCGGCAGAUGUGGCAGCACAAGGCGACACAGGAGGUUGCGCGUGCCGUGUCAGUUCUUCAAGCAUGA